AUGCCCGGUGCUCCUCUCAACCCUCAACGUGCAGUCUUCUCCACUGCCCAUCUCCUGUCCUCACGUCCCCGCAUUAACAGAGCAGAGCAAAACAAACGAAAAUUAAGAAACGAAAAGCAUAACAUGGGCAAACAAGAGUAUAAUCCGGUUCCGUGUCUGAUGGUUCAAUCCUCGGUCAUUAGAGAGAGAGACAGGAUCGUCAAACAGUCAUGCCCAAUUAAACUGUUAGAAAACGAUAUCCCGCCAAAAAGAAUGUCUGAAAAAAGCUCAUCCCUCCUCGAUGAUGAAGAUGACGGUAGUUCUGCUCGAGCACAAAAGAUAGAUGACUGCUUGGUUGCAUCUCGGGGUCCCAUGUUGGUAUUGAUAAUCCACGAAAGAAUGAAGGAUAGUGAAAACGUGUCGGUGUCCAUGUCGAUUAGUUGA